AUGAGCGACGCGGACAUUGCCAGUUAUUAUAAUCUACCCACGGCGUUCCCCGAAGAAUGGCCGGCAGAGCUCGAAGAGGAGGAGGAUCACCCGGAAUAUGACGGCCUGAGGCGCCGGGGUUCGCGGUACGUCGCUCUCGAGCGCAGCGGCAGCGAGCGCAAGACCAUCAACCUAGGGUCGUUCAAGGCCAACACGGGCCGAGAGAAUCUGGUGAAACAUGACGAACCCGACCCCUUGGGGACACGCGAGAGUGUCCUCAAGAUACUGAAGAGCAGAGGGCUGUCGGUGGAGGACGAGAGCCGUUUACGCAACCGUUUCUUGCUGUCGUCGAAUUCCUUCUCGCCCGCCCUGUUCCUCUCCCAAGUCCACUCCGACGCCUCCAUCCAGUCCCUCCUCAAUGGACUCGAGUUCCUGUCGCGGUCGAUCGAUAAAAAGUCGGCGUCCCUGAAGGUCCUCGUUGAAGCGAACUUCGAGCGGUUCGUCCGCGCGAAAGCGACAAUUGAUAGCGUUUACACCGAAAUGAGGAACCAAGGGAAGGAAGAGGAACCACCGGUCCGGCCUCGUAGAUCGGGGCAAUUUGGGAGUUACUCGAGCGGAAAGCAGAGCACCCCUCUGGCGUCCCCCACCCCUGGACCGAAGAAGAAUGCUUUGGUGAAGGAGAGCGAAUACGGGAUGAAGGGGAUCCGGGAUCCUCUCGUCGAAGCGUCCGUCAAGGCCGAGGAAGUAUGGGGGCCGGCGCUAGGGGGUCGGGAGAGGGAGCUGAUGCUGAAAUCGGUAGUCAGCAGCAUGGAACGGCAUCGCGACGUUUACGAAAUAGGCGGUCUGCUGUCCAAGUCCAUUAAGCAGCGAGAUUACGACUCGGUUUUCGAGCAAUACACCAAAGCCCGGACACUGGCAAAGGAUGCGCAGAAUAUUGCAGACGCUGCGACAAGCAGACACCGACAGCUGACGGACGAGGAAACGCAUACCAUCUUGGCCAUGGGGCGAAUGUGGAUGGAUGUGGACCAGCAAAUACAAGUGUUCAAACGCGAUCUGUGGAAACGUCUCAGUGAUGCUCCGACCACAUCAACCACGGUGACCGCGUCGGGGGCCGUCGAGGAGCACAUGGAAUUAAUUGGAGCGUUGCUGGAGCUGGGCGUAGAGGAAAAUCCGAUCUGGGUAUGGCUGCUCAGCCGCUACGAUUUCCUGAGGCACAAGAUCUCGGCAUUUUGCGAACGGUGCAAGGCAGAGAUCGAGAUACUGAGGCGCCGACUGCUCAGUCUGGAGAAGCCAACGGCCCAGGCCGUAGUGUCGUAUCUCCGCCUGGCAUCAAACGACAUUCCCGCCGACGCACAAACACUACUGGACAACGAUCAAAUCAUUGAGCUCUGGGACUGCAUUCACGCGUACUUGAACCGACUCCUCUUAUCUCAAGGCGGUCUCUUAGGUGAGGUUUUCGAUUUCUGGGAAGUGACGCGAUCGUUCAUUGAUGGGAGCAAGCAAAAGCUCCUCCCGGCUGGCUUCGAGGGGGAAAGCCGUAAGCACCACAGAUUGUCACCUGAGAAUGUCAUGCACUUGCAGAAAGGGGUCGUCGACCUGGUCAACUUGGUCCGUGAAAGCGUCCUGACAUUAUUCGCUAAUUCGCCGGUGGACGAUGCGACCAUGCUCACAUCCCCCAUCUCUCCUCCAACUCCCAAUAGUCCCGUCAGUGUUGGCGUGACUCCCACCGAGUCCCGCUUCAAGCUGGACCCGAAGAAUAUGCCCUUCCCGACCCCCAAGCAUGGAGAGCCCUGGGAGGACUUUUCGUUCUGGCCGCCUUUCUCGAAUUCUCUCAGCGGUGUCCAUUAUCUCAGCCAGUUCCUUGUCAUCAUUGGCGCAGCUGCGAGUGAGAUGGCAGCUUUGGGGCCGGUAUCAAGAGACAAUACGACCUCUGACCUUCUCAAGUCGCUCGUGAGUGUCGCUCGUGAGCGCUCGGCCCGCGCCAUAUGCUCUUCGUGGGGUAAAGACGCCGAAUACUGUAAGAUGUUGGAGGAUUGGACGCGCGACUCGGAGAGAAGGGACUUGACAAAGAUGCCUGGCUUGUUUGUGGCUUUCGAGAACGUAAUUUUGAGCGGGAUGCAAAAGGUCCUCUACAUCUCGGAAGCGACAGCAAAGCCUGGCGCUGUCGACGUUGUGACUCAACCUCCCACAAAGCUGCUCCAGAUGGUGCGCGCUCAGUUUGUGUCCAGCGUUUACAAAGCACUGAGUGGUUUGGUCGAAAAUGCCGAACAUCCAUCGACGCCUGAAGAAGAGAACGAGUGGGUUGUCUCCAGAGCUGCGGCACGCAAUAGGCCUGGUGCCUCUUCCCUUGCUGUUGCCGACACUAUCAAUCCCAAGGACAGGAACGCACGCAUCCUGCUCACGCUGUCGAAUAUCAAAUGCCUUCAAGCCGAUCUCGUUCCACAGCUAAUUGCCAAUUUCGAGACGUCGUUUUCCGUCCAGUUGACCGAAGAGGCCAAGACUAUUCGCGACGUGCUCAACCAGAUCGACAAUCGCCUGUUCCAUGCAUACACCGCACCGACGGUCAAUACGCUGAACACCACUAUCUACAAUGGCGCCACUGCGCCCGACUGGGAGCCGUCCACUUCUCGGCCUGACCAAGUGCGCCCUUAUGUGUACGCGACGAUGUUGACUCUCGUGCUCGUCCACACCGAGAUAUCAACGACCAUCCCGUCCAGCGCAGCACCACCUAGCCGCUCGAAGCCGCCUUCUCCGUCCCCCUUGCUAUCUAUCGUCCUCACACACCUGUUAACGAAAAUCUCGUCAUCGCUGCUCACGGCAUUCAGCUCCCGGUCUUCGUACACGCUCGCCGCUCUGAUGCAAGCCACACUGGACACGGAAUUCAUCGCGCAGACGAUGUCGCUGUAUUCGACAGAAGAAGCCGCCGCGAUCCAAAGCCAAAUCUACGUCGAACUCGACCGUCGGACCAGCCACGAAGCGCGCGCUCGACUCCAGUCCGAACUGGGCGAGAUGAGAGGAAUCCUCAAGAAGUUGCGGGAGAAGACGAAGGGAGAGUUUGCGUGCUUCCGCAAGCCGAGAAGCGGCACGGGCCAGAAGGGUUCGGUAUCGUGA